GUUGCAGCGAAUCUGAAGAAGCCUCUGACUGAAGACACUCUUCCGUUGUCGGACAGUCUUGUGAAGAGAAUGCUCAGGGUUGUCCAUCAUUUUCUUGAUUAUCUGGAGAAUCCUUCUUUGCAUUAUCUUCUCCAGCGGUUCCGAAACUGCCGAAACUCUGGCUGAGUCCUUGAAAGGGCUUGGAGUUCCUCCAUCUUGUUGUCCAGUGAUCUCACAUUGCCCAUUAUGAUCGAUGGAAGAGAUGGUUUGAAUUUCCUCUUUCUCUGUCUCCGUUUUGCUCCCGCUCUGCAUCCACGCUUUUUACGUUUUAGCUCAUUUGGGAUUUGUGGCUUCAGUUGAGGUAUUAUUUCAGCCUUUCCAAUGUUAAUCAGCUGCUCCCGAUGUUAAGCCAGCUUGUUGCCAUGGUUAUGCAUCAUAACAAAUGUUCAACAAGUGAAAAAAGCUAAAAAAUAGAAGUAAAAAUCCUCCAAGUUUCACAGCACCAGAAACAGAAAAGUCAAGUGUCCAAAAAAUACAGUUUUUCUUGAGAAACUAGAAGAAAAAAUGUCCAAGAAAAGGCUAAACUUACAUAUAGUCAACAGAGCUACUCCAACAUGCAGCCGCCCAGAGCAGCGCAGUUCUGGGGGGGAAAACAAAAAUAAUGAUAAUAAUGGUCAGGAGAACGGAAUCUGCCAGCAUCAGCUUCCUUUGAUGAUGUCAUAAAGGAGAGUGCAGUCCUAUAUAAAGGGCAAACAUAAAGCAGGCACACAGACAGCUUCAUUUGCAGCCUGGUUUUAGACCUGAGCAGACCUACAAUGGCUACUGGUGGACCACACGAGGGAAACAUGGAGGUAUUUUCAGACAUUUAUAAAGCUGAAUUAGACCAAAGGAAUGAGCUUUUACAAAGAGAAUUACGAGAUCUGGAAGUCAAAAAACUAGUUUUUGGUAACCAGGAACGCGACUUUGAACAAAGGGUGGAUGCGUUUGAGAAAAACAUAGCUCGCAUCAGGGAAAGUCUCCAAGAGGAAAGACAGAAAUUGGAAACAAAAACGCAGUAUCUGGAGAAAAGAGAACGCCACUUUGAGGAUCAACAAAAGAAACUAACGAAUCAUGUUGAUGAACUAAAGACGAACUCUCAGAAAGGAAGAGAUAAUUUAGUUUCAACUCAGUUACUCGACGAACACAGAGUAAAGAUUGAGCUGGAAAACAGGGAACUGCAGAAACAAAGACAAGAAAUUCAAGAUGAGUGGAAUAAAAUUAAAGAAACUCAAAUUGCAAAUUGUGAGAUAGCCAAAAACUUGAAUAAGACACAAGAGAAAGUUGGAGACUUAUGGAAAGCUUUACAGGUAAGCAAAGAGAGAUCAAGAGAAGAAAUUAAUAACUUGAAAAGAGAUCUGGAAAGACAGAAAUUAGAGUUUAUCGAAUCUAAGAAACAAACAGAAAGGGAGUUAACUGCAGAAAAGCAGACUCUCUGCGAUGAGAAGGAGCGUUUAAACGCUGGGAAAAUUACUCUACAGAACCAGAUCGUUGAGUUUCAGACUGAAUCGGAGCAGAUCAGACAGAUUCUGCUCAAAGACAAACUAGAUGUUCAACUUCUGAGAGAAAAUCUGCAGGAGGACAAAUUGGAUUUUAUGAAAACAGCAGAAGGGUUCCAGAAAGAUUUAAACGAAAGUUUACAGGAUUUGAAGGAGAAGCUGGAAUUUCUGAGUCUUGAGAAGAGAAGUCUGGAGGAAGAAAAACAACGUUUCCUGAUGACCAAAUCAGAAUCAGGGAAGGAACAAGGGAGGAUUUACAAAAUCCUCCAGGAAGAAUUAGACAAUUUGCAUUCGGGAAAACAAAGUCUGGAAACACAAGUGACGGACUUUAGGGAAGAAAUGUUCUCCUGGUCCCCUGUCGCUGAUGUUCUGAACAGCAAAAUUACGGCAAAUACUCUAGAGAAUGAGCUGAAAAAGGAGAGGCACACUUAUCAUCUUACUAAAACUCAGCUAGAAAAUAUCAGCAGUGAGAUUGAGAAGAAGUUUAAGCAAAAUGAGACACGAUUGCAGAAAGAUCUGGAUUGCAUGAAGGAGCUCAGAGAUAAGUUUGAAGCUGACCUUUCUGCUAAACAGCAGCUUGAAUAUUUUGAGGAAAAACCUAAUUUAGAGAUCCAGGCCCAUUCUGAGACAAAGAUUCAGACCAAAGAGAUUGUAGAGAAAUUAAGAGCUGAGAAGGACACUCUUCAGAUACGGGCCGAUAGACAGAUGUCUCUUCUGAAGGAGAACUUUGAUAAAAAAGAGACUGAAUUACAAAACGCCCUGGAGAACAUUAGGGAACUGAAUAACAAAUAUAAUGAUGUCGUUACCAACAAACUUAAAGCAUAUCAUCUGGAACAAGAGCAGACACAAUUUCAAGAAGAUUCAAAUUCUUACGCAACUAGUGUCGCCAGUGACAUCACCAAACGACUGGCUAAAGAAUCUCAGAUGGAGAUUUGGGAAAAACUGGAGGUUCAAGCCGAGGAAAAUCCCGUCGCCUUACUAACUAAGAUGUCUACUCUUUUAAAUCAGAGUCCUCUACAUGAUCCAUCUCAGGUACCUGGUGCCAUUGCAACUCGACUGUCAGUGAUUACUAGUGUGAGUGCAACCAGAAGUCAGAAUUCAUUUUUUUAUGGAAAUCAAAGAAAUAAGCAGUGUCUUCCAAACAGUUUGGUGUUUUUGUCGUUUCUACACGAGAACGAGAACAUUAACAGCUCAGACCUGGACCUAGUUUUGGACAAAGGUGAUCGAAUGUACUCACAAGUUAGGCUCGCCCAUCCAGCUAGAGACCACCUGGCUACAGAUGAGUUACCUACCGAGGUCAAAGCUCGGUUUACUCUAUAUCAUGUCAAAAUGAACUUUGCAAAUUCCAAAUGUGGGGUAUUUUUGUCAGGCAACCUUCCCAACUUGUCACAGGGAUUACAGUGUUUGACCUCAGAUGUUGAGUAUGCGCUAAUGGUUAUGGGCAGCACCUGCAUUGCUAUAUUCAGAACUCAAUCAGGUGAAUUUGGUUACUUUGAUCCACAUCCCCGCAACACCUACGGUGACCCUGUAGGCGACUGUGCCGUCAUGUUAAAGUUCACGUGUUUAACUGACAUGAUUGAUAGAAUCACGUCUGUAUACACCACAAUUGGUGUAUCGCCAUCUGACUACUAUGAAAUCCAGCCAGUGGAGUUUUAGAGUUUAGACCUAGUUAGUCUGAUACAUAGCACAUCAGACAUCAGAGACAAAACUGCUGCAGUUGGGUUAUACCCACGGCAAGAGAACAUUAGAUUAGUAACAAGUGAGAUACCUAGUUAACUAAUUCAAUCAGUCACACAGGAUCCUUAAAGAGCAAAAUUGUAAGUUAGAGACUCCCAUGAACCAACGUUUAGAUAAAUAUAAUAGAAACUCAUUUAAAACAUUUUUUUACACAUAUACAAAUUAUUGUCAAACCAAGUGACGUCAGCUGAGGGACUCCUGUUAGCUUAAUCCAGAGAAAAAUAUAGACUCUAAUUCCGGCUCUGGCACAGAUGAAACUUUAAAUGUUAAUAAUCAUACUUAUGAUGGACCAAAACCAUAAAUCAAAUCAAAUCAACUUUAUUUAUAUAGCACUUUUCAUACAAAAAAAUGCAACUCAAAGUGCUUCACAGAUUAAAAUGGCCUCAUAGAUCCCAUAUUCCACCGGCUACAGAAGUAGGGACACAUCAUAAAGCUCAGUGAGCUCAGUCAGGAGCAGUCAGAUCAGAUCUCUCUUACCAGACAGGUGAACAUUAGAAACAGACUUCUCAUAUAUUUGUUUCUUGGAUUCAUAGAAGGAAUUUAUAAACUAAGUUAACAAACUCAGAUUUAAACAACCUUGUAGUUCUGCAUCAAGAUCUUAAAAUGACAACACAGUUUUCGACAAUACAUGGAGUGCAUUUGGACCAACAUAAAACUUUGGGAUUUGUGGCUUUCCUCAAGGAUGUUGACAAAAUGCGUGAAAGCCAAUUAUCUGAUAUACAAAAACAGACAAGAUAUUUUAAACAGAAGUUUGAGAAAGAACAAACUGGUCGAUCGGAGACCAGAAAGAAAAAUCAGCGGCAUUUUCACAGAAUCAAAGCAGGAAUGGACUUCCCCAGGGCUUCAAGUCAGAAUAAGAAAACUCAAGCCAACGUGACCACAACGGACUCCCGACCAGACCAUUUUAAAAAGGAGUUUGAGAUGGAAAAAAGACUGAAUUACAAAACGCUCUGGAGAACGUUAGGGAACUGAACAACUAAUAUAAUGAUGUCGUUACCACCAAACUUAAAGCAGAUAAUCUGGAACAAGAGCAGAAAAAGGAAAUGACGGCUCACCCACACAUUGAAACUAACAUUGAGAAUAAUGGGAGGGAGAUGGGCAAGCAGUUUAAAAUAUCUAAACACGAUGAGACUAGGGCUGGGCGAUAUGACGAUUUUAGACCGUUUUACGAUCUACACAUCUGACGGUCUGUCAUUUUUGAGAGACCGUUUUAUCACGAUUCACAGCUCUGCUGUUGAAUUUCUUCCUCUGAAUGAAAAGGGAACUGACCCCAGGCGAAUGACACACCUUUGUUUGACCCUUAACCAAUCAGAGUGAGUCAUAGUAAUAUAUUAGUGCCCCGCUUGUUUUCACCUUCACCUGUGUGUGAACAAACAUGGCUUCGCCGCGGCUGAGCGACAACGAGGUUUUCGUUCCGAAGAGGAACGCAGGGUUUCCUUAGCGCGCGGCGCUAACAACUUAGCGACAUGACAUGUCUCGGAGAAAGCGUAAAAACACGUUGGACGCUUCUUCUGAAGCAGGAAAAUAACACCGCUUCUUAAGCAGAGCACGACGUCGCCUCGGCUCGUUCACCCUCUGCCGAGCCGGUGUCGGUACCGACUGAGCUCGGUCACUGGGUCGAUGGAGCUGCCCCGUGACUGCCUGAUGGAAAACCAGCGGGUUUCAUCAGACUCGUAAAGUUUCUUAGGGACCUUACCGCUCCCUCCUGCAGUCUUCCCCUAUUAACAUUUAAAAUGAUUCUGUAAACUCCGUGUAUCAAUAGAAACAAUCUCUGCCAGCUGCAAUAAAUGUAGUCUCCAAAUAAUAAGAGGUGCAUUUAUCUGUGUAUCUCCUUUGAUCCGCAUUAGUGAUAUUCUCAGCACCAGAACAGGGAAGCAAAGAAAGAUUCCUGAGUUUGUUAGUAAUUUUAUUUAUUAGGUGCAUCUAACCUGUUCUAUUUUUCUCUGAAAUGAGAUCAAAUCAGUGCUUCUAUGGGUUGUCUCCAAUCUGCACUGGAAAAUUUUACUUUAUUUAGAGACUUGUUACAGAAAAUAUUCAGAAUGCGCAGUUAUUUGCUACCACAAGCGAUCUCUGGUCCAGCCGCACAUCAGAGCCGUAUUUGAGCUUAACUAUCCACUACAUGAGCAACUGGGAGCUA